GGACGAGGUUGAUCAUAGAAGCAGCCAGCCAAGAAGCAACCUACUAAGCAAACGCAAGGCAGGUGCCCCAGCUCGCUCCGGGCUUAGUUAGCAGCCAGGCAGCCAUGAACUUCGGCGGAAAUGGCAACGCGACGACGAUCCGGUGCAAGUACUGCAGCGCGUGCCUGACCGUGAUCCCCGGCGAGCGCGCCAUCCAGUGCGCGCAAUGCAACUGCGUGACGCGCAUCCGGCGCGGCGACCGCAUCCCGCCGGCGCGGCCGCCGGCGCACGUGCCGCCGGCGUUCCAGCGCGCCCGCGGCAAGAAGCGCGCCGUCCUGAUCGGCAUCACCUACGCCGGCAUGCGCCGCGGGUGCGGCGAGCUCAGGGGGCCCAUCAACGACGUCAAGUGCAUGAGGAACCUCCUCUGCCAGCGCUUCGGCUUCCCCAGCGAGUGCAUCAUCAUGCUCACCGAUGACCAGAGGGAUCCGUUCAGGCUGCCGACCAAGGAGAACAUCCGGAUGGCGAUGCACUGGCUGGUGCAGGGCUGCAGCUACGGCGACUCCCUGGUGUUCCACUUCUCCGGGCUGGGCGCGCAGGUGGCCGACGACGACGGCGACGAGGCGGACGGGUACGACGAGGCCAUCUGCCCGCUGGACGCGUUCCAGAGGGGCCCCAUCCUGGACGACGAGAUCAACGAGGCCAUCGUGCGCCCGCUGGUGCACGGCGUCAGGCUGCACGCCGUGGUGGACGCCUGCUACAGCGCCACGGUGCUGGACCUCCCCUACGUGUGCCACAUGUCCAGGAACGGGUUCUGGCAGUGGGAGGACGAGAGCCCCCCGUCGGGCGCCUGGAAGGGCACCAGCGGCGGCCACGCCGUGCUCAUCAGCGGCUACAGCGAGGGCAAAAGCAACUUCGCCAUGAUGCCGGAUGCGUACGCGUCGGUGGGGGCAAUGACGCACAGCUUCAUCCGGGCGCUGGAGUGCGAGCCGCGCGGGGUCACCUACGGCCGCCUGCUGACCUCCAUGAGAGCCAUCAUGAAGAACCGCGGCGGGGGACACGAUCUGCAGGGCCCCAUCGGAGCACCCAUCCACACGGUGGCCAACUUCAGCGGCGUGCAGGAGCCGAACCUGUCCUCGUCGGAGAUGUUUGACAUACACCGCAAGCCGUUCGUCCUGUAAAACACCACACACCAGGACCGCUUGUACGCACAAAUCACUAUUACUGCUGCAGUUCAACAAGAACACUUAAUGAUCGCCGUAUCAGAAUAAUCAGUUAUCCAUCGGGUUGAGCUAUGAUGCUUCCUAGGGUAAACCAAGUGUAAUAAUCAGUUAUCCUCCCUUAGACUUCUAGUGAACCUCAGUGUAAUAAUUAAGUCUGUCGUUCAUGGUCCUCUUAUAUACGUAUAUAUGUAAACCAAGUGUAAUAUACAUGCGGCUUCAGCAUGCAGUUUCAGUGAUCAAAAUGCAGUUUAUGCGGCUUCAGCAUGCAGUUUAUA